AUGACCGACGCUCGAAAUCCUCCGAGUUAUCGGAACGUCCAUUAUAAAGUUGACACCGAGUACACGGUCCAGGUAGCCAAGAACUUGCUGACGCCGCUCGGUGUCUGGCCGUUGCACAGAGGCGAUUUGUUCCUGGACAACGUGAAAUCGUUCGUUCACAUCGGAACGAUCUUCAGCCUGAUGUGUUUCCUGCUAAUACCCCAUAUAAUUUACACCUACCACGACGUUGAAGACCUGACUCGGUACAUGAAGGUGAUCGCCGCUCAGGUGUUCAGCUUCUUGGCGAUCGCCAAGUUCUGGACGAUGGUCAUCAACAAGAAGGACAUCAGAUUCUGCCUGACAGAGAUGGAGGCGCAUUAUAGGGACGUCGAGUGCGAGGAGGACCGGCUGGUAAUGAAGAAUUCCGCGAAAGUAGGAAGAUUCUUCACUACCCUCUAUCUGGGUCUGGCUUACGGAGGUGCCUUACCCUAUCACAUCAUUCUACCUUUAAUGUCCGAGAGAAUCGUGAAAGCUGAUAAUACGACCCAAAUACCGUUGCCUUACCUGAGCAACUAUAUUUUCUUCGUGAUCGAAGACUCGCCGAUCUACGAGAUCACUUUCGUCUCGCAGAUAGUGAUCAGCAGCAUCAUAUUGUCCACCAAUUGCGGGAUUUACAGCCUGAUCGCUACAAUCGCCAUGCAUUCUUGCGGGUUGUUUGUGGUUGUCGGCAGACAACUGGAUACGCUGCUUGAAUACAAACAGGAUAAAUUAUAUGACCGGCUGCGGAACAUCAUUCUACACCACCUGAAAGCGAUUGAAUUUGCUGAUACAAUCGAGAUGGCUUUGAGUACUGUGUUCCUCCUGGAAAUGGUCGGCUGCACCAUCAUCAUAUGUUUCCUCGAAUACGGCGUGAUUAUGGAAUGGGAAGACCACAAGAUACUCAGCAUGAUGACAUAUGUUGUGCUAAUGACAUCAAUAUUCGUGAACGUGUUCAUAAUAUGUUUCAUCGGCGACUGUCUCAAACAAGAGAGCGAGAAAGUGGGAGAAACAUCAUACCUCCUAUCGUGGUACGAUCUUCCCGAGGACAUAAUCAAGAGCUUAAAAAUGAUUAUCGUCCGAACAAGUCGACCAGCGAAUCUGUCUGCCUCAAAAUUGUUCGAGCUAUCGCUUCAAGCAUUUUGCGACGUUUGCAAAACCUCGGCGGCGUACCUGAACUUCCUCCGAACAAUGACGUCGUGA